GCCGUUGACGCUGGUGCAUAGAAUAUAGCUAACAGUGCUAACAGCUAGUUGCGUUAGAUGCUUUAAGUGCUGCAAUUUCGAAGGUUUAGUCGCAUUCUUAGUUUCUGAUCCGUAGAUAUUCUUCAAAACAAUACAGACUCUGACUUUGAUGAAACGUCGAGUCAGGAAUCUAAGUUUUAACCAUGUUUUCGCUAGCAGCUAACGUUAGCUACCUAGCCAGCUAGCGUUAGCUCUCGGUUGCCUGACAACAGAGAGGAAGCCAAACAAACCCGGCUCACAGCUAGCAGGCUAGCACAUGCUAGUUGACUAAAUAAGUCCAGGUAAUUGUUUUGGCCGCGUGUUAUUUGAACAGUUCGCUGUAUGAGUGGCACCGGGUAGAAAUAAAAGACGGAUAAUGGCGGAUGACGGUAGACGAGGAGAUGAAGACGACCGCGGUCCCGGAGCAGCUCAUCAGGUGUUCGUAGUGAUGGAGUGUCUGCUGGAGAAGUUGAAGGUGCUGAAUUAUGAGGAGGAAGUUCUGGCCAAACACAACAUGAAAAAUCUGUCCAGACAUUACUUUGUCUCCAGUCCGUAUCUGACGGUCAAUCCGGGCGAGCAGUUCUACAUGUUCACCAUCAUCGCGGCGUGGCUCAUCAACGAGGCUGGGAGGCCGUUCACAGAGCCUCAGGAGUACGACGAACCCAACGCCACGGUGUCCAACAUCCUGGCGGAGCUCAGGGCUUUCGGUGUUAAGGUCGACUUCCCGCCCACCAAACUGAAAGCGGGUUCAGGCGAAUACGUCUGCGUCGUGUUGGACCGGCUGGCCGAAGAGGCUCUGAAGAGGAAGGGGUUCUGCUUCAGAAGACCAAACUACCCAACAGAAACCACAGAAGAAGAGUGUGUGAUCGAGGACGACGCAGAGCUCACACUCAGCAAAGUAGAGGAAGAGAUGAUCGAGGAGCCUGAUGAGGAGGAGAACGUGAUGGACCUGGAGGCUCUGAAGUUACGAACCACUCGCACUGAUGCAGAACCGUCCAAACCAGACGAGAUUCUGCAGUCGACGGUUGAUGCAGCAGAGUGGAACCUGGAGGUGGAGAGAGUCCUGCCACAACUCAAAGUCACCAUCAGGACAGACAACAAGGAUUGGAGGAUCCACGUGGAGCAGAUGCAUCAACACAGAGACGGGAUCAAGUCCUCACUCAAAGAGGCCACGAGCUACCUGGACAAACUGCAGGAGGACAUCGGUAAGACUCUGGAGAAGGUGAGCAGCAGAGAGAAAUACAUCAACAACCAGCUGGAGCAUCUGAUCCAGGAGUACCGCAGCGCGCAGGCCAAACUCAGCCAGGCGAAGGAGCGCUACCAGCAGGCCAGUGGAGGAGUCACUGAGAGGACCCGAGUCCUGGCAGAGAUCAGCGAGGAGCUGGAGAAGGUGAAGCAGGAGAUGGAGGAGAAAGGCAGCAGCAUGUCUGAUGGAGCUCCGGUGGUGAAGAUCAAGCAGAGUUUGACUAAGUUGAAGCAGGAGAUCGUUCAGAUGGACGUGAGGAUCGGCGUCGUGGAGCACACGCUGCUGCAGGCCAAACUCAAAGAGAAGUCCAACAUGACGCGCGACAUGCACGCCACCAACAUCCCCGAGCCCGCUGCCGGGCCGUUCUCUUAGGUCCUCUCCACACCGGGCCCUUCUCUUAGGUCCUCCACACCGGGCCCUUCUCUUAGGUCCUCUCCACACCGGGCCCUUCUCUUAGGUCCUCCACACCGGGCCCUUCUCUUAGGUCCUCUCCACACCGGGCCCUUCUCUUAGGUCCUCCACACCGGGCCCUUCUCUUAGGUCCUCCACACCGGGCCCUUCUCUUAGGUCCUCCACACCGGGCCCUUCUCUUAGGUCCUCCACACCGGGCCCUUCUCUUAGGUCCCCUCCACACCGGGCCCUUCUCUUAGGUCCUCUCCACGCUGGUUCCUUCUCUUAGGUCCUCUCCACACCGGGCCCUUCUCUUAGGUCCCCUCCACACCGGGCCCUUCUCUUAGGUCCCCUCCACGCUGGUUCCUUCUCUUAGGUCCCCUCCACACCGGGCCCUUCUCUUAGGUCCCCUCCACGCUGGUUCCUUCUCUUAGGUCCCCUCCACACCGGGCCCUUCUCUUAGGUCCCCUCCACACCGGGCCCUUCUCUUAGGUCCCCUCCACGCUGGUUCCUUCUCUUAGGUCCCCUCCACACCGGGCCCUUCUCUUAGGUCCCCUCCACACCGGGCCCUUCUCUUAGGUCCCCUCCACGCUGGUUCCUUCUCUUAGGUCCCCUCCACACCGGGCCCUUCUCUUAGGUCCCCUCCACACCGGGCCCUUCUCUUAGGUCCCCUCCACACCGGGCCCUUCUCUUAGGUCCCCUCCACACCGGGCCCUUCUCUUAGGUCCCCUCCACACCGGGCCCUUCUCUUAGGUCCUCCACACCGGGCCCUUCUCUUAGGUCCCCUCCACACCGGGCCCUUCUCUUAGGUCCCCUCCACGCUGGUUCCUUCUCUUAGGUCCCCUCCACACCGGGCCCUUCUCUUAGGUCCCCUCCACGCUGGUUCCUUCUCUUAGGUCCCCUCCACGCUGGUUCCUUCUCUUAGGUCCCCUCCACACCGGGCCCUUCUCUUAGGUCCCCUCCACACCGGGCCCUUCUCUUAGGUCCCCUCCACACCGGGCCCUUCUCUUAGGUCCCCUCCACGCUGGUUCCUUCUCUUAGGUCCCCUCCACACCGGGCCCUUCUCUUAGGUCCCCUCCACACCGGGCCCUUCUCUUAGGUCCCCUCCACGCUGGUUCCUUCUCUUAGGUCCCCUCCACACCGGGCCCUUCUCUUAGGUCCCCUCCACACCGGGCCCUUCUCUUAGGUCCCCUCCACGCUGGUUCCUUCUCUUAGGUCCCCUCCACACCGGGCCCUUCUCUUAGGUCCCCUCCACACCGGGCCCUUCUCUUAGGUCCCCUCCACGCUGGUUCCUUCUCUUAGGUCCCCUCCACGCUGGUUCCUUCUCUUAGGUCCCCUCCACACCGGGCCCUUCUCUUAGGUCCCCUCCACACCGGGCCCUUCUCUUAGGUCCCCUCCACGCUGGUUCCUUCUCUUAGGUCCCCUCCACACCGGGCCCUUCUCUUAGGUCCCCUCCACACCGGGCCCUUCUCUUAGGUCCCCUCCACACCGGGCCCUUCUCUUAGGUCCCCUCCACGCUGGUUCCUUCUCUUAGGUCCUCCACACCGGGCCCUUCUCUUAGGUCCCCUCCACACCGGGCCCUUCUCUUAGGUCCCCUCCACACCGGGCCCUUCUCUUAGGUCCCCUCCACGCUGGUUCCUUCUCUUAGGUCCCCUCCACACCGGGCCCUUCUCUUAGGUCCCCUCCACGCUGGUUCCUUCUCUUAGGUUCACUUCAUGUAUUUCUCUCUUGAACUGAAUGUUUUCAGUCUCAUGAUGUUGGAUCUUUAAACUUCAUGGAGUUUAACAUAAAAUCUUUCUUCAUUCUUCAAAAAUGUCAUUUUUUUAGCAGCAUUAAGUCAUAAAAACAUUUGAACAGUUAAUCCAUUUCACUUUGUCCUGAAUGUCAUUUAUUUAUUUCUGUGCUCUAUUAUUAUAUUUUUUGUGAAUAUGAAGAUGAAAUAUAUUUUGAUGCAGAUAAUAAUUUGUGUCUUCAGAAGUCAUUAAAUGAGUUAUUUAAAUACA